UUUUCAGAUCCCAAACGGAAGAAGAGAACAGCAGAGAGUCGUCUGUCAAAACCUUUCUGUUUUUGUCGGAUGGCGAAAUUACACUCUGGCCGAAUUGGAACCUCUGUGUGGACAGUGGACCCUCUUCUGUCCCGCACCAACUCUAUGGGUACGCAUGGGGUAGACAAUCCAGCCUUUUAUGACACUGAAUUGAAUCCCCCCAAGAAGAAGGGAGACGGUGAUGAUGAUGAUGAUGUGUCCUACUCUAAGAAACAGUGCAACGGGAGGCUUCUGAUUGUGGCCACUCUCCUCCUCCUGAUGGUACUCAUCGCCAUGAUUGGUACAGUCAUCUAUCUAGCAGUUGGUGAGGUGAGGCUGACAUGGGACGAGGAAAAUGAACUUCAAGAAUCUGAAGAUGGUAUGUCAUUGGUGGUGGGAGAAAUAAGAAUCACCAAUAGAGUAUUUACCAAAGAUCUUCUUCAUUCGGGAAAUUCUGUCUAUCACAGGUUGUCCAUUCAAGUACAACAAUCCAUGGAUGCUGUAUUUUUUAAUUAUCUGCCACAUUACAACGAAACAAGAGUUCUGGGAUACAGUGAAGGGAGCGUUAUUGCAAGGUGCCUGAUACACUUUAAAAAGCCAGGCACAAACAUCCAAAGAGAAGUAGGUCUUGCUGUGAUCCAGGCACUGGAGAGACAUCAUGGAUAUCUGCCUGGAGGACUGCUGCAAGUAGAUAUUCGAUCACUCAAAUUUACAGGUGUUCCUGAUGGCGAAGCGAUUGAGAUACCAGCUGAAGAAACUCCAGAUGAGAGUACAGAUUGUGGUGGAAAAUGCAAAGAUGGGGAAGUGUGCAUCCUCUUACCACAGACUCCCCUCUCCAGGUGCCUUGUACCGAGGGAUGCUAAUGAUCCAUCUGGGUGUGGUGGAUGGUGCGUCAGCGAACACCAGCUAUGCAAAAAGCUGGGCAACUUCACAUAUCAAUGUAUCGAUAACGUUGCCAAUUGCAAGAAAGGGGAGUGGCAGUGCAGUAAUGGUCUCUGCAUAGCGGCCAGUGGACGUUGCAAUGGACGUAUUGAAUGUUACGACAUGUCUGAUGAAAUAGACUGCGAAUGUGGUGCUGGUCAGUUUAGAUGUGGAACGCCCUGCAUACCAGACUAUCUUCGAUGUGAUGGUAAAACAGAUUGUUGGGAUGCCAGCGAUGAAGUUAACUGCACAAAAAGUUGCGGUUCGGAAAAAUUCACCUGCAAUGAUGGCAAAUGCGUGGAUAUGAUACUCUUCUGUGACCGUUAUCCAGACUGUCCAGACGGAUCUGACGAACCAGAGGGCUGCAACGAGAGCUGCCUCCCCACUCAGAAACAGUGUAACAGCGGACGUUGCAUCCACCUGGACCUAUGGUGUAACGGUGAUAAUAAUUGUGGUGAUGGAUCGGACGAGACCGACUGUCCCACCUCACCCCCUGGUAUCGUUUCCAAUAUCACCACCAGCUGAAUUUAAUGUGAUCCUUUUGAAAAAUCAAUCUAUUUUGAAUACGAUGCGGUUAAAACCGUUAAUUGGCCUUAGCAACAAAUUUUUUUAUAAACAAAAGACACCAAAAACAAAAAAAAGUUUUUACGUAAUAUGUGUCCCAAAAGUGACGGACAAAAUAAAGUUAUGAAGAAAAAAAAAAAAGUUUAAAAU